CUGAUGUCAGAGCUGUCAUUAAUGAGGGACUGAGGGUGCUGUCCAAGGUGCUGAAACCUGACAGCAGUCUUUUAUUGUCCAGCAGCCAGUCAGCUGGUAUGUGUAUCUACAACAAUAAGGCCCACUGACUUUGGAAACUGACACGUAUUUACCAAGACAGCAAGUUCCAAGAAAAAGACCAGACUGUUUUUUUUCUCUCUCAUUUAUUUAUUCAUUUUUUAUAUUUGUGGAGAUGGAUUUGUUACCAGCCCAGGAAGCUGCUAAAAUCUACCACACUAAUUAUGUGAGGAACUCCAGAGCCAUCGGUGUCAUGUGGGCCGUGUUCACCAUCUGCUUCACCAUCAUCACCAUGGUGGUCUUCAUCCAGCCCUACUGGAUCGGAGACAGUGUCGACACCCCGCAGGCUGGUUACUUUGGCCUCUUCCACUACUGCAUAGGCAACGCAUUGACCUCGGAGCUGAUCUGCAAAGGCAGCGUGCUGGACUUCGGCUCCAUCCCAUCACCAGCUUUCAGGACUGCGAUGUUCUUCAUUGGAACAUCCGUGCUGCUGGUGGUGGGCACUAUGGUCUGUUUUAGCCUCUUCUUCUUCUGCAAUGCUGGCAAUGUCUAUAAGAUCUGUGCCUGGAUGCAGCUGGCAUCAGCUGUGCUAAUGGGAAUGGGCUGCAUGAUAUACCCAGAUGGCUGGGACUCCCCAGAGGUAAAGAGGAUGUGCGGCCAGAAGACAGAUAAAUAUUCUCUAGGGAACUGCACAGUGCGCUGGGCCUACAUACUCGCCAUCAUCAGCAUCUUAGAUGCUCUCCUUCUGGCUUUUCUGUCCUUCACUCUUGGAAACCGCCAGGACAAACUGCUGCCAGACGACUUUGAGGUGGAGGGAGCAGAAAAUUCCUGACUCACCAGAGACCCAGCGGACCAGGAUAUGAUGCCACAAGUCACACCAAUCGUGGGUCAACUAUUGUAAAAUGGCAUUACUUUGUACUUAUUGCAUGUUUUAAAUCUUCAAAGAUGUGGAGGGAUGCAGCGUUUGGUUACUGCUUCAUAAAGCUAACCAGCAGGUAACUGCAA